GUCGCUGCGAUGCCAGCGCGCAGCCGCCACCGCCCCCGGCUCCACUCCGGCUCCCCGCCCCGGGCUCCGCCCCCGCCUCCGCCGCUAGAGGCGCUUCACUCCGGGGAGGCCCGGAGGGCUCCGGACUCCGACGUCGGAGGCUCGGACCCCGACCCGGAGGUGGGUCCGGGGAGCCCAGCUCGGACUGCGGAGGUGAGCGGGAGCUGAGGCUGCCGAGAGGGGAGUCUGGGGGGCGCCUGCAGCCCAGGAAAGUGGAGGAGGAAAUGGCCAGUCCUAAUCAACUCUGUAUUCGCCGUUGGACUACGAAGCAUGUAGCUGUUUGGUUGAAGGAUGAAGGCUUUUUUGAAUAUGUGGACGUUUUAUGCAAUAAACACCGACUUGAUGGGAUCACCUUGCUAACAUUGACUGAAUAUGAUCUCCGAUCUCCUCCUCUGGAAAUCAAAGUCUUGGGGGACAUCAAAAGGUUAAUGCUAUCAGUCCGAAAACUGCAGAAAAUACAUAUUGAUGUUUUAGAAGAAAUGGGUUACAAUAGCGACAGUCCAUUGAGUCCCAUGACCCCUUUCAUCAGUGCUCUUCAGAGUGCAGAGUGGCUCUGUAAUGGGGAGCUUUCGCAUGACUGUGAUGGACCUGUCAUCACUGAUCUGAAUUCUGAUCAGUACCAGUAUAUGAACGGUAAAAACAAGCAUUCUGUUCGGAGAUUGGACCCAGAGUACUGGAAGACCAUCUUGAGCUGUAUAUAUGUUUUUAUAGUAUUUGGGUUUACAUCUUUCAUUAUGGUUAUAGUUCAUGAGCGAGUGCCUGACAUGCAGACCUAUCCACCACUCCCAGAUAUAUUUUUAGACAGUGUUCCACGAAUCCCAUGGGCCUUUGCUAUGACAGAAGUAUGUGGAAUGAUUCUAUGCUAUAUUUGGCUCCUGGUUCUUCUUCUUCACAAGCACAGGUCAAUCCUUCUGCGAAGGCUCUGUAGUCUGAUGGGCACUGUAUUCUUGCUUCGCUGCUUCACCAUGUUUGUGACCUCCCUCUCCGUGCCAGGACAGCAUCUGCAGUGUACUGGAAAGAUAUAUGGCAGUGUAUGGGAAAAACUGCACCGGGCCUUUGCCAUCUGGAGUGGCUUUGGUAUGACCCUAACUGGAGUUCACACUUGUGGAGAUUACAUGUUCAGUGGCCACACCGUCGUCCUAACUAUGUUGAAUUUCUUUGUCACUGAAUAUACACCAAGAAGCUGGAAUUUCUUGCACACUUUAUCCUGGGUUCUCAACCUCUUUGGAAUCUUCUUCAUUUUGGCUGCCCAUGAACAUUAUUCCAUUGAUGUGUUUAUUGCCUUUUAUAUCACAACAAGACUCUUUUUGUACUACCACACUCUCGCCAAUACCAGAGCAUAUCAACAAAGCAGGAGAGCAAGGAUUUGGUUUCCCAUGUUUUCUUUCUUUGAAUGUAAUGUUAAUGGUACAGUACCUAAUGAAUAUUGUUGGCCAUUUUCAAAACCAGCGAUAAUGAAAAGGCUGAUUGGAUAAAAACUGUCUUUGUAAUGAGUUUGUGAUUAAAUAUACAGUAGUUGUCGAGAAUGAAUAACUUUGCUUUCUCCCCUACGAUGUUCCUGGAGACCUUGCUUUUGGGGGUUACACGCUGAGUGUCCUGUUCUGAGCAAGGUAGUGAUUAUAGAAAGCAAGAAAGAAAACACUAGAGUCUUAUUUAUCUCUUUGAACAGAUCCUUAAGUCGGUGUUUUCUGCCCACUCUCUUUAGGUAUACUUAAUGCUGUGAUUGAAGUCAGGCAGUUACCCUUACCUAUUAAGUAUUUGCUUCCUGAUCUGAAGCAGAUCAACUUAAGCAAUUUCUUGGUUGAAGGAUUUUUUUUUCUUUUUCUAGGAGGACUCUAUUAAAAAAUAAUGAUGAUGAUGAAUUUUGAAACUUAAUAUCUUAACAGGAAAAAACCCUACCAAGUGAGCCGUACUUGUUCUUUGAACUAAACUCUGUCAUACAUAUAUAUGCAAUGAUAUUUGGGGGUGGUAAGAAGUGAUCUGUUUUACUAAUAAGUCAUUUUUGCCUUCUAACCAUCUUUAAGAAAAGUAUACUGGUUCGAGCCCCCAGCUUCCCACCUGCAGGGGAGUUGCUUCACAGUUGGUGAAGCAGGUCUGCAGGUGUCUGUCUUUCUCUCCCCCUCUCUGUCUUCCCCUCCUCUCUCCAUUUCUCUCUGUCCUAUCCAAUAACAACAUCAAUAACAACAAUAAUAACUACAACAAUAAAACAACAAAGGCAACAAAAGGGAGUAAAUAUUAAAAAAAGAAAGAAAAGUAUACCGAACAUAUCAAGACACCUGGAACAAGAAAGGGAAUGAAUAGGGUUACAAAUAAGAUGACAAAGUCCUCAUGAGGAAAGCCACCAGCCUCCUUAUUAAUGCAAAUAUAGUGCUGGCAUUUUUCACCAAAACUUUAACAAAAGAUGCAGUUCCUAUUUUGCUCUGUGUGUUCAGUAUGACAACCAGUAAGUAUUCAUGAUAGAAAAAUGACUGCACCCAUAAAGUAAAAUUGACUUAAUUUUAGUGAUAAUAGGUAUUUGGAAUAAUUUUGUGGUAUGGUUGUUAGACUGAUGAUACCCAGUGUUAGGCUUUUUUUUUAAUUCUUUUUUUUUUUAAAGAUUUUGUUUAUUUAUUCAUGAGAAAGAUAGGAGGAAAGAGAGAAAGAACCAAGCAUCACUCUGGUACAUGUGCUGCCGGGGAUCAAACUCAGGACCUCAUGCUUGAGUGCACAAUGCUUUAUCUACUGCACCAUCUCCCGGACCACGUGUUAGGCUUUCUUAAUGAUACUGAUCUUGAGCAAAAUAGUGGAGUGUUACCAGAUGCUAAAGUUCUUAUGUUUUUAAACAGGCAGGUGUGCAGGCAGGUCAUAUUUUUCCUCUUUCUGAGGAAAUGAAAUUUAUAGCAGGUUGCAGGCAUAAUAUGACUUUUGGGUUUUUAAAUUCCUCAUUCUUAGUCAUUGGAAGUAAGUAGUUACAACCAUAUUUGUAUACAAAAAGUUGUUUUGUUUUGUUUUUUGUUACCAGACCACUGUUCAGCUCUGGCUUAUGGUGGUACAGGGGAUUGAACCUGGGACGUUGGAGCCUCAGGCAUGAGAGUCCGUUUGCAUACCAUUAUGCUAUAUACCCUCUGCCCCCCCCUUUUUUUAACUUUUAAAUACAGGUGUGUAUAUACAUUUUAUUUUUAGUCUUAAUUUGGUAGCCAGGAAAUGUUAUAAUUUAAUUGCUGUUUACAACACUAAAUGUUUUAAAUACUUUGAUCUCUGUGAUAUUUGUCACUUUAUUUUAAUGAUUUUGUAUAGUUAUGACAAUAGAAUGGUUAUAAAAUUGGAAUUUGAACUCUAACAAUGACAUUAGUCACUUGGAAUAAUAAUUGUGUGGUUCUUUCCAUUCUAUUAUAAGAUAAGGAGUUAGAACAAGUGCUAGAAAAUUAAGAUAAAAUUAGGCCUCUUCGAAGAAGCUUGCUUCAUAUAUAAGUGAAAUAAUAUAUUUUUUGCACUUUUACUCAUAUUACCAGCUCCAAUGUAAGCUAUAGAGAAAUCUUAAUGGAGUUGCAGAAAAGUAUUAUUGUGCAAAACAUGUUUUGGGUAGCCCCAAUUUGGAGCUUCUUUUAUAUUUGAGAAGUGGCACAGGGCAGUUCAAGUUUUAUUAUGCCAUAGAGUCUUAUAGUAUUGGGAGCUGGGCGGUAGCACAGCGGGUUAAGCGCACGUGGCACAAAGCUCAAGGACUGGCGUAAGGAUCCUGGUUUGAGCCCCCGGCUCCCCACCUGCAGGGGAGUCGCUUCACAGGCGGUGAAGCAGGUCUGCAGGUGUCUGUCUUUCUCUCUUCUUCUCUGUCUUCCCCUCCUCUCUCCAUUUCUCUCUGUCCUAUCCAAUAGCAACAACAAUAAUAAUAACUACAACAAUAAAACAACAAGGGCAACAAAAGGGAAUAAAUAAAUAUUUUUUUAAAAAGAAUCUUAUAGUAUCUUAGGUUGUUGAUUCUAUUGCAUACUGUGGACAAAAAUGCCAGCAUCUCACUUAAGGAAAUUUCAUAAUCAUGAAGGGGGUGGGGGAAGGUGUGCUUCCUAUGCCAGUUAGAGUAGUUUGAUCCUUGAGGUUAAAACAUAUUUACUGCCACUGUUUUCAAAUGAAUUAAAAGAACCAGAUUUACUAGUUAGCUAAUACUGAUCUUUUGGAAAAAAUCUGUGGCAACAUUAGUUCAGGAUGUUAAAUAGGGCUGGAGAAACUGCAUGGAAAACACUUUUCUUCCCUGAGGCUCUGAGUUCCCAGAUUCAAUCUCCAACCUCAGCACCACCAUAAACCAGAACUGAGCAGUGUUGGGGGGGGAGGGGUAAAGAGCUACUUACUUUUCUUUGUUCAUAAGGAUUCUAUUCUCCAAUUAAAAAAUAGAAAACAAAAAUGCAACUAACUAUGCAGAGCUAUUGACAUUGAGAGUAUAUAAUAGCAUACUGCAAUGAGGAUUGUAAACAAAAAGAAGAAAACUUUUCAGCCUCUUAAUCUGUUUUGAGAAAAAGGCAAGUUCUAUUUAUAAUUUAUUGUUAUAACUAUAACAAAACAGUGUUGACAUAAAUCAGUCAUCUCCAAGUCUUUUUCUUGUAAACUUUGCAACAAAAGUCUUUCUUUUUUAAAGAUGAAACCUAUAUUUUAGUCACUUUUUGUACUGUCCAGAAAUUUUCAGAAAUUGUUUUAGUAUUUCUGCUUAAAAACUAAACCAUAGUGAAAGUAGUACUUACACUUGGGAUGUACCCAGGUAUAGAAGCAGCAUGCCUUUAAUACACAUGUCCUUUUAACCUUGUACAGGUUUCUACAGUUUUAGACAUGUGAGAAACUUCUUUCAUUAAACGCUAAAUUUUAAUUAUAUACAGGGAACCAAGAGAGCUUUUGGUUAUGAAUGAAAAUUGAUGAUUAUAUUAAAAGCCCAUAAUUGAAAACCAUUUUCUAUGUUCCUAGAGCAAUAUUGCUUUCUUUUCUAAGUUCAUUCAGGGUAGUGUUACUGAAGGGUAAAGUUUGUAAGGAAUAAGAGAUUUUAAAGAAGAUAAAUGUGCUGUUAUCAUCAAAUAAUUAGGGAAAAACUUUUGGCUGUGUUAAUAGAAUUCUCAACAGAGCAGUCCUCUCCAUAGUUUGCUUUGAAGAGAAUUGAUAGGGUAAAAAUACAACUUCCAUUGUAAAUGUGGACUGUUCACAAGAGAAAAAAGAGCCUGCUGAUAAAUGUACCUUUGCUACUAUAAGUACUUUCCUUUUCUCUUCUGUACCUGCCUGAGUCUUAAUUACGUGUGAGUCUAAUGAUUUUAUGAUUUGUAAAUGGAGAACAGAGAUCCAAAUUCUUCUAUAGUUUAGAUAAGACCGUCUGUAUUAAGGGCAUUGGUUUGGAAAGUGUUAUUCAUAUAUUCAGACUCAUACUCAUAACACUAACCUUCCUUGACUAUAUUUAGUGAAAGGCAAUUUAAUCAUUAAUUUCAUAUAAACUUUUUUAAGAAUUCUAGUUUAAAAUGCUUGAUAAUCAUAUUCUUAUUUUAGACCCUUUGAUUAAUAAAUAUUUACUAGUCUUUUUGUAGAUUUCGGUUAUUUCUAGUUAAAAAUACCAUGGUAAUACUCAGUUGUCAGUUAUUUAAGGUGUUCAGGCAUUUGAGCUAAGAAAGCUUUCAUUAGAAUUGUCCAUUUGCUUUCUUAAACAGUAUUGGUUUCAUUUAGAUAAGUUUAAAGGCAAUGAAGUAUGUCAGUUUUAAUGCCAAGUCUGUUUAGCAAUUGAGGCAGUUUGUAUUUGUAAAAAAAAAAAAAAACUGGUACAAAUAAUCUGUAUAUACCUGUCAAUAGAAUUGUUAGUGAAGAAGGGGCCGGAUGGUGGCGCACCUGGUUGAGUGCACAUGUUACAGUGUGCAAGGAUCUGGUUUUGAGCCCCCGGCCCCCACCUGCAGGGGGAAAGCUUCACAAGUGGUAAAGCAGUGUUGCAGGUGUCUCUCUCUCUCUCUCCCCCCCCCUCUCCCUCUCUGUCACCCCAUCUCUAUCCAAAUAAAGAAAGAUAAUUUAAAAAAAAAGAAUUGUUAGUGAAGAAAGGAGAGAGGUUGAAGUGUAUUUCCCCCUCUCUGUCAUGAGUGACUAUAAAUGACUAAGUUUACAGUGGAAUUCUCCGCCUUACCUACCCCUCACUCCCAAUGAAUGAUCCUCAACUUCAAGUGACUAAAAUAUGAUACUUUACAGCAAGUUCAGUAACUAUCAUGACAUCUAUAAGCCACAUUUCAGCUACCACUAAAGUUGGUUUUUAGACUGUGAUCUAAGUUGACCAAAUGACCUUUUAUCCAGUAUAUUCCAAAUAAAACUUUCUGCCUCAUGUGGGAGGGAAAGAAAUGCUGUUCAUUUCAUUGUUAUUUCAUUGUUAUUUCAGUCUGAACUACUGGGUUGUCUAAUCAUAGUCAAGCAAUGAUACCAGUUAGUGGUGUCAACUUUAAAACAUUUCUUUUCAAUAAUAGUUUCUAUGCAGAGAAUAUAUGGGUUUUCUGACAUGAAACGAAGGAAGUAGAAGCACGUACUUAGUAGGGAAAGUCAAAGUCAAAUUAGCUUGGACAAAAAUGGGCAUGCUUUGUUUUAAGAAGUCUACCUAAAUGCCACCCUAUCCUCAAAGAAUCUAGUAUUACUCGAAGAUGUGAAAGUUCUUGUGGUAGCCAUACCUUGAAGCACAGUAUUGUAUAUAAGUAAAUAUCUUAAUUCUAAAUUAAAUCCAGAUUUAACUAAUAUAUAUUACUUUAUAUGUUUGUUGUAUUAAAAUGUUAUAAAACACUAAAAAUAAAACAUUCGAAGUUGAAUUGUA